CGGACCCCAAGGGCCGCCGGCCUGAAGGCCAACCUCCGGGCGGACAAAUUGUUGAAAGCACUGAAGCAGCACUUCCAUGGAACAAAACAAGAAAGUGAAAAUAUGGACUCUGAAAAAAGUGUAUCUGCUUCCAUCGAAUCGGAUGAACUGAGCAAUCAAGAGGAAAUUAUGCCUGAUUCAAUGUGUUUUAUUACAAAAAGACGUGGUAAAGAAAAGAAAAUAACCAGAAAAAAGAGGAACUCCAAUGAGGAAAUUAGUACCAGUGCAGAAAAUACAGGGCUUUCUGAUGAGAAAGAGGAGCAUUCUGAAAUGAAAGAAAAUGAAGUGCCUUGGAGUGAGCAUGCAAAGGGACAGAAGGUAUUGCAAAAUGAGGAACAACUAACUAACAAGAGAGCUAUUGAGAAUCCAGGGAAGGGUACUGGUCAGAAAAAAACACCAGAGAAGAUUUCCACUAAAAGUAGUGGACAUGAAUGUGAUGCUCAUCAUGCAGGAGGGAAGAUCCCUUUAUAUGUAGGCCGUGCAUCUAGGUCUGGGAAAACAGGAAUGAAAGCUACUACACCAAACUUUAAAAAGUUGCAUGAGGCUCACUUCAAGAAAAUGGAAUCUAUUGCUGACUACAUUGAGAGGAAAAAAAAAUUGAUUGAAAACUGCAGCAGCUCUCUCAGUGAAGUCAAGAAACAAACCAGUGGCAAAACAUUUUUAUUCAGCCCAAAUCCAGAAAGAGGCAGAUUCUCCACCACCUGCACGCCUAGUAACCUUCGUCGCUCACCACGCAGUUCUCUGAAUGCUGCCAAUCGGAGUAUCCUAUCUAGAAAAUCUUCAUUUAAUCCUUCUGUCCUUUCAACAAGCAAAAUGAAUGUCAGGUUCUCGGAAGCCACAAAAGAUAAUGAGCAUAAACGCUCUCUUACCAAGACUCCAUCUAGAAUGUCUCCAUACGUGGAGGAGUUCUGCACACCUGAUAGCCCAAAGAGCUGCAAAAUAUUAAGUAGGAAAAACAGCAAGGGAAAUGCAAGAAAUAAUGAUCUGACUGCAUCAAAGGUUAUCACCCCUUUCAAGUUUGCCGCUCACGCAGCAGAACCCCCAAGCACAAAGAAGAUAUUUGAUCUCAAAGCAAGUCUCUCAAGGCCACUUCGGUAUCAGCCACAUAAAGGACGACUAAAACCUUGGGGAGAGUUUAAAGAAAAUACUGUUGGUAGCAACAUCUCUGCCUGUAAGAAAGAUUACAAACAGCCGCACCUCCAGACAAGGGAAGAAAGGCGUGAGAAACACGAGCAAGAGAGAAGAAAGAAAAAGGCUCAGGCUCUUGGAAACCGUAGAGGACUAUCUGUGGGUUAG